AUGACAAACCUCUUACCUUCAGACUGUAUACAUGCUGUAAUAAGUUUUCUUAGUGACAAUGACAAGGCUUCUUUACAUUCAUGUUUAUUAAUAAACAAAUUAUGGUGCCUUACUAUAGUAGAAAAAUUGUGGAGUAAACCUUUUCUUCUAACAAGAUUAGACAGAUCUGCAAAGUUAGUUGAAACAUAUUUAUCAUGUAUAAAUGUGAAGGAACUUAAUGCUAAGGAAGGAAAAUUUUUUAAAAAGUACAAAAGGCAUUUCUUCAAGAAGAAACCAGCCACUUUUAAUUAUCCUCAAUAUUUAAGGUCCCUCAACUACUUGGACAUUUACAACUCUGUUGAACAUUGGGCGAAUGGUAGAUUCUCAGUUAAUGACUGGCUACUGGUUACAAAUGUCUUAUGUAAAGUAUUUAUGAACAGAUCGUCUGUUUUUCUUAAUUUAUCAAUUGAAACAGGUCAGAUGACACUUUUAGCACCAAAAAUUUCAACUAUGUUUUACAAUAUUUAUAAAGAGAUGGCCAAAACUUGUCGUAGAAUCGAAGUACUAAUAGUCAAUGGUUCAGAUAAAGAUCGUGGAAAUAAUUCUGAUCAAGAAGAAAUAAAAAACCUAAUUACGUUAAUUACUAACCAAAAGGCAUUACGAAAGCUUGAAUUUCAUGAUUUUUAUGUGCAUGACAAUUCUAUUGUUUCUGCUUUAGGCAAACAUUCGCAAACUUUGGCUUGUUUAGUUUUCCAUUCUGUUACAUUUGUGUUUAAUAAAAUGGAUAAGUUAGAAGGAAUAACAGAUUUGGAGAAUUUACAGCACUUGGCGUUUAAUGGCUGUAAAAAUGUAGAUGAAAAGUUAUUGGAACCGUUGCAUGUCAAACAGUUUCCGAAACUAACAGAACUUGAUUUCAGGCAUACACGUCCACCACCUUCAUCCAUGAAUACAUUGAUUAACAAUUAUGGUCAUGUGUUACAAAAAUUAUAUUUAGGAACUUUACAAUAUCAAAAUCAAACAGAUUCUUGCAUACAAGUUGUCCGUAAUAUUACCAAAAAAUGCACAAAAAACUUGGAGGAAUUUUCGAUAACUUUUACAAAUCAUUUAUUAGAUUGUUUUCUUUAUCUAUUGGAAUCGUGUACAAGACUCAAAAAAUUAAUUAUAACCGGAUCUUUUGAGUAUACUUACGAUUCGCUUUCACUUAUUGGAGCCAGCAUACCGGAUAGUCUAAAAUCAUUGAUAAUUAGCACAGAGUGGGAUAGUGAACUUGAAAAUUUGGAGGAGUUCUUUGCAAAAUGUGAAGCUGGAUUAGAAUAUCUGUUCAUUGAAAGAUUACCGUAUAUAACUGAUAAACAUAUUGAUGUUAUAAUGAAGCAUCAGGGAAAUACGCUAAAGACGUUGAAAAUCCUGGCAUCUGAAAUAAAUAUUUCUGAUGAUGUAAUGGAACGAGCCAAAAAAAAUAUAGGAGCUGUCAAAAUUAGAACAAAUGACACUUUAUUAUAUGAAGAUUUUGAUAUUCUUUCAAAUCUAGAUGCAUUAACAGGACCAGCACGUAGAAUAAAACCUUCAUUAAUUCCGAUAACUACAUUCCAUAUCCUAAAUAAUAUUUGA